AGCACCAGCACCAGCACCAGCACCAGCCAGCCAGCACAAGCGGUGGUUUUGAAUGCAAGCGCAAAGUGUGGUGGUCGUACGACAUCAUUUGUACGGGGAAACUCUCACAUAUGUUGGCGAACUGUAACAUCGCAUUUCCCCUCUCUUGUCCCGUCUCUCCAUCAUACGAUUUCGCUUCCCUUGGUUAACAGUCUGGUCAUGUCAGAAGCAUAACCUGAUUGUCUUCGAACGCGCCCCGACGAGUCCGCAUCUGCCCCGUCAACCCAUCACCCCUCCGCCAACCUCGAGCAGCCACACCGAACUCAUUAAUAUCAAGCUUUACGACCUGUACAUAUAUACGUCAAACCUCCCUUCCGCCAUUGUGCCGACUCCAAGCCCAACGCCUACUUCCGAGAGGCUGCCGCAUACCCACGCCUCCAAGCCAAACACCAGCAGUCAAGAUGGUGCUCACCCACACGACCAACCACAGCUACUCCCACGACUUCCCGACCGUCACUCUCGCCUUCUUUCUCCGCUACUACUCCCCGCAGCUCAACCCUUUCUCGAGCCAUGUUCUCUCCACCGACACCAUUUCCUCCCAUGUCGACCAUGACACGGGUCGACUCUUUACCACACGAUUACACGUCAAGAGAUCUCGCAUGCCACCAGCUGUGAUCAAACUCCUGCCCACGAGCAUUACCGGAGGCGGCGGCGACAAGUCCGCCUACGUACUCGAGGACAGCGUCGUCGAUAUCAAGGAGGGGUGGAUGAAGACGCAAAGUCGAAACCUCAACUUCACCGGCGUUCUCAGCGUCACGGAGGAGCAGCAUUACUCCAUCACCCCGCCCCAGCAGCCUGGCCUUGCAGAUUACUCGCCUCUCCCAACCUCUGUACCUCGAACGCUCGUACCCAACACAUAUGUGACGACCACGUUCUCUUAUCGCUCGACUCUGGGUAAUCGCAAGGCUGUUCAGGAGACGGAAACCGACGAGAACGGCCCCAAGCGAUUUGGUGGCUGGAUCUCGGGCUGGGGUGCCAAGCGCAUACAGGGCAGCAUCGAAUCCAUCGCUUCCAACAAGACCGACGACCAGCUUGUCAAGUCCCGUGACGGAAUGAAGCUAGUAUUGGAGCGUCUCAGGUCGAAUGGCGUCAUGGCUACCCUGAGAGAAUUGCGACGAAGCCAGGGCAAAGCAGUCUUUGAUGGUUGAAGCUCAAUGUCUGAAAAUUAGAGGCUGCAAUGGUUGCAUAAAGGUUGCCACGCUGCACCACUCGCUCGAGACAUUACCCCGUCAUCAAGUCAAGCUCGUGCCACGAACGAGAACCAACUGCCGUCGCUGUCGAUGAUACCGCACACGCGCAGAAAACCGAGGAACCAAGUCACGUCUAUACAGGUCACCGAUCCGUGGCAUGUCGUUGUAUUCUAUGUCUACUAUAUGUUAUUUUCACCAAAGCAAGGCGUUGGGGUUUGGAAAGUUGUAGUUGUACGAAGGAAAAGGAAGCAUUGAUGCCAUAUUUUGGCUUGAAGGAAGCUAGGGAGCAGGGUUGUAUGACACGUGGAUGCACAUUAAGAAGUCUCCUCUCAUGUAUUGAUACCGGAAAAUGUACAUCGCGACACAUUAUGGCGUGGAAUCCUGUAUAUUACAACUGCUACAAGGAAUCAAACGAACAAGUUCAAGUCG